AUGACCCUCCCUUUGCGGCCGAGCGCAGCGCUGCGCCUACGCCGGUAUCAUAUCCUCUGCUCACAACCCGCCUCCGCCCCUCUUAUCACACAGUGUGCUGAGACGGUUCCAUCUCGUCGAGACGCUCAUGGCUAUCCUGUACGGCCUUCACUCUCACAACAACGUCGAAAGACGCAUACUCGACGAUCUGUCACCUCGACAGCGUACGGCGUCACCAAUGGGUCGUCUGCCUCGUCCGACGUGCCUCCAUCCACAGUGUUAUCCUGCCUGCCUCUCUCCAACUUGAUCCGAUCAUAUGUGAUCACCUCCGUUUCCUCCAUUCCGGCCCUGCUCCGGCCGUCAUUAGCCGUCAUGACAUUCCUUGCGCAUACCAAGUCGCCUCUCUUCGACCCUGAUAGAAAUCCGAUACUCCACUUCCUCCUCAAGAAAACCUUCUAUGCUCAAUUCUGUGCUGGCGAGACACCACUGGAAGUGAAGAGCACCAUUGCCAGUUUGAAGGACAUUGGGUUCAAAGGGGUCAUUCUGGGUCAUGCAAAAGAGGUGGUGCUCAGUAAGGACGACGAAGCAGGGUUGGACUCAGCAGAAGAUUGCACGGAGCAGGCAAGCUGUAAUGCGCGAGAGAUAACAACAUGGAAGCAGAACACCAUUGAGACGGUGAAACUUGCGCAGCCGGACGAUUUUGUGGCCCUCAAGUUCACUGGAGCGGGGCGUCAAGCUCUCCAGCAUCUCAAAGCAACCAUUGCUUGCUCUCCAGAAUUCGAGGAGGCAGUGCAUGACAUUUGCAAACACGCACAGUCUAAGGGGGUGAGACUCUUGUUUGAUGCCGAGCAGGCUGCUUUACAACAAGGCGUCGAUAACUGGACCAUGUACUUCGCAAAGGAGUACAACAAGGAAAGGGCCCUGGUAUUUGGUACAUACCAAUGCUAUGCCCAGAGAACACCCAAGGUUCUGGCCACCCAUCUUGACCUGGCGAAGAAGGAGAACUUUGUGCUCGGGGUAAAGCUGGUUCGCGGGGCCUACAUGGAAAGCGACCCACGAGAACUAUUCUGGCCCACCAUCGAAGACACCCACAAGUGCUACAAUGGUAUCGCGAAGAGCAUCAUCGAGCGAAAGUAUGGCGACGUCCUGCAACCGGUCGAAGGUGGUUCUUCCGACUUUCCUCAAGUCAGUCUGGUGCUGGCCACCCACAACGCCGAAUCCGUGAAGCUAGCCCUUCGACUUCGGGAUGAGCAAGCGCAAAGGGGUGAACCACUGAUCGAAUUGGCGUAUGGCCAACUGAUGGGGAUGGCGGAUCAUGUCAGCUGUGAGGUUGUACAAGCAGCGAGGGCCCGAGCCAAGGCUCAGGAUGCCAACGUCGAGGUUCCGAGCGCAUACAAGUAUGUGGUCUGGGGUAAACUGGGCGAAUGCAUGAAGUACCUUCUCCGUCGGGCCCAGGAGAACCGGGAUGCUGUGACCAGGACCAUCGAGGCGAGACAGGCACUAGGUCGCGAGUUGGGCAGCAGGAUGGCAUUCUGGCGCUGA